AUGGCCGAUGCAUGCGAUCGGUUGAGAGCACUGCCCAACGAGCUCUACAACCAGGUCCUUGCUCACCUGGGUCUCCUCUCAAUUAAGAACCUCCGCCUCGCAUCCCCGGUGCACGCCGCAAAAUGCCUUAGUCCGGCCUUCUUGGCAUACUACGAACAACAGGAGACAGACCUCACGCCCCCGAGCCUGCAGCGGCUGCGCGAGAUAACCAUCCACCCUGCACUCGCACCCGCCGUCAAGCGUCUCGUCGUGGUGGCCGUCUUCCACGAUCCGAGUAGCCUGCUUACGAGGAUCCGGCGCCUGCGAGAUCCUUUGCGCGGCCCUUGGGCUACUCUUGGGAAUUCCGACCGGAAUAUGGAGCUCCUAGACAAGAUAGGCCAGCUGUAUAGGAUAAUGAGCAGCCGCCAUGAGCAGCAGGGGCAGUUCAGCGACGACAUCGUCGGGUCCCUGUCGUGUAUUCUCGAGAACCUCGGCUCAGUCGACGUUCUAAGACUGACGACCCGUGUGCUUCGGCCGGACCUCGACAAUCCAUAUUCCACAAGUAGUAGUCGCUUUGUGAACUGGAACUGUCUUUGGGCGGACUGUCACCGGGUGCUCAAACUUGUUACCUCUGCCAUGAGCACGAGCAAAGUUGACGUCGCCACAUUUUCCGUCUUCAAUGACUGUUUUGGCAAGGUCCAGUCACGGCAUUUCCUUGAUCUGAACACAGAUCUCACAAAUCUCGACUUUUUAACACACACCGGCGCCAGUAUCAGGUGUCUGAACCUCGGCUUGUCAACUGUGACUGUCGUCCCGACGACAAAUGAUAUCGUCUUCUCCAGCGACGGGUCCAUGAAGCAUCUCCGCGCCGUCCGGAUACCGACAAGCGAGACCCGGGCCAGGGCCGACGAGAACUUCCCUGGAGUCGCCCUAUUCCUUCGCCAAACCCCAAACCUCGAGGCUCUAGACCUCUUCCUAUACAACACCCUGGAAGGCGCUCCCUGGGCCUAUAGCAAACUGUUCAGCCACAUUUCAAAGACUGUGCACCUGCCAAAGCUACGGCGCCUCACCCUUCGCGGUAUCUGGACCACACCGAAUUCCCUUUUGCUAUUCUUGCGCACCCAUCCGGACUUGACACAUAUCGACCUGAGGGAGGUACACGUGAGCGGAGGAACCUGGGACCCGAUUCUGAAGCAUUUCCAGUCCAUGCUCAAUCUAGCCGAGCUGCACCUCGAGAAUCUCUGGAGCGGCUCCGAGCACCUCCUCAAUCUGCAGCCUAGGAAUCCCGUGUACGAUGACGAGGAGAGGGUGCUUGGGUGCUAUUUCCCCACCAGAAACGGCACGAUGGUCCACACGAGAGACAUCAGCGUUGAAGAGAUCAAGAACGGACUGGAGUUUGUCAAGAGCCGGGGUAGCAGCCGGGGCAAGGGGUCCCGUCACCUUAUGAAGUGGAUCCAGCAGCGCAAGAUCGACUACGGUCCCCCGGAGGAGCCGUAUGUCAAUUCACGGUGA